AUGAAAUCAGCAGUGAUAUUAGUUAUAGGCUUGUUGAGUGUUUUCACUUAUUUGAAUAAAGAGGAAAAUAAUACUCGUGUUGAAUUUUAGAGUUGGAAAACUAAAUAUGGAAAGUCUUAUACAGGAGAGUAAGAAGUUUUCAGGUUCUUAAAUUUUUAAUUAAAUCUAAAUAAAGUAAAUAACCACAAUUCUGAUGAAACUAAAACUUACAAAAUGAGAAUGAACCAAUUCAGUGAUUUAUCAGAGGAAGAGUUUGAAUUGCUUUAUCUAACUCAUUAUACUCCUGAUGAGAUAAUCGAGUAAUACUAGAUUAAUGAUGAUUAAGAAAGUUCAAUUAAAAAAAACGAUAAUAUUAAAUCUUCAGUUGAUUGGAGAUCGAUAACCUAAGUGAAAGAUUAAGGAAAAUGUGGUGGAUGCUGGGCCUUUGGUGCAGUAGGGGCAGUAGAGGCUUGGUUCUAUGUGAAAAACAAAACCUAAGUUGUGUUGUCAGAAUAGCAACUUAUUGAUUGUGACACUCAGUCUUUUGGAUGCAAUGGAGGCUAUCAAAAUUUGGCCCUGAAAUAUGUUGCUAACCAUGGAUUGAAUGAUGCCAAUGUAUAUCCUUACACUUAGAAAUAAUCAGCCACUUGUUUAUACAAUACAGGACCUUAUAAAACUAAUGGAGCCUAGGGCGUAAGUUCGAAUAAUUUCAAAUCAUUAUUGACAGAAUACCCCCUAGUUGUAGUUGUAGAUGCCUCCAAUUGGCAAUUUUAUGGAGGAGGAGUUUUUAAUGAUUGCAACAAAUCUGUAAAUCAUGCUGUAUUAGCUGUUGGAUUUGAUGAGAAUGAUAAUUGGUUUAUCAAGAAUUCAUGGGGGACCUCUUGGGGUGAGAAAGGAUUCAUGACUCUCGCCUCUGGCAAUACUUGUGGCAUUACUUCUUAUGCAUAUAGAGCUAUCUGA